AUGUUGCAGCCUGAGAUUCAAACAUUACCUACCCUCCAUCAGCUUCCGAAAUUUAUACUUGAAUUGCCAAUAACUAAGUUACAAAUUCCGUGCAAUUUUUAUGAAGACAUUCUUCAUUUCAAAGAUUUGUCACGAAUGACAGAAAAAGUUCUAUUAGAUCAAUAUUUUGUUCCAGCUGGUUUAGAAGCAUUGAAUUCAUAUGUUUAUAAUGCCACAGUGUCCAAAUGGAUUGAUCAUAAUAUAAAGCAACGGUCAUUUGUAAAAGGUAAUACAGAAGAUUACUACCACGUAGGCCUUGAUAUUUGUAUUAAAUACACAAUUGAAACUCUCACUGAUGGAGAAGAAAAAGGAGCUGAUAGUGGAGGAGAUCCAUCACAAGAAUUAACAGAAAAAAUAAUUUGGGAUUAUGGUGAUGCUGUACCAUAUUUGUUAGCAUAUUAUUCAAUUGAAAGUAAUGUGGUUUUUUGUGCAAUAUACAAGGAAAACAAGAAAAUUCGUACACUUGAUAUUGUACUCAAUAAUGUGCCUAAUAUUGAAAAGAUCUACAAAAGCUCAAAUGAUGCAUGCUAUUUUCAACCACAAGGAGAUGUAUUAUAUCCAAAAGAUUUAAAGGAAAUGUUAUUUGUAGUAUGUUGUGUUCUAGAAGCACUAUUGGUGAUGCAUAAUAUUCCAAUAAUGCAUCGUGAUAUACGUUGGCAAAACAUUGUGAAGUAUCGUGAUAAUGAUAAAUGGUUUCUCAUUGAUUUUGAAUUUGCUUGUUACUCGCCUCAAUAUUUGAAGGAAGAAGGAUUAGAGAAAAAUAAUCAUGCACCAGAAAUUAGGGAAGGAUAUCAUGAUAUAUUAACAGAUAUCUGGAGUGUUGGAUUUCUCAUUAUUGAUUAUUCAUUCAAGUUACCAAGUGAAAUUACAGAUUUUGGUAAAAAGUUAAUGAAAUCAAAUCCACCAAAGACUAUUGAUGUAUUGACAGAUGCUAAAGAAUUAUAUAAAAAGUUUUUAGCAUUUUUGGAAUAA